AUGUCGCAACAAGAUGGAGAUGAUACAACACCCCUACUAUCACACAAUAAUGCACCAGAGAAUCCGUUAAUAGCAGCAACAUCUAGUUCGUCAAAUUCAAAAAAUAACACAAAUCACCCAGAUGCAGUGGUCUCGAAAAGAAAACCAGGUGUAACUACUGUUCCCACUUCUAAUGCGCCCCUGAAUAAAUCUCACUCAAAGAUGUCAAAAUCCAGUAAAAUUGGUUUACAAAGAACAAGCAGAACAUCGCAGAAAUUAAAAUUAUUACCCGAAGAUCCUGAUUUGGAUAGUAUCAAUAAGCAAGCCACAUCUGGGGAUGAUGAUGAAGAUGAUGAUGACGACGACGAGGGGGACGAUAUUUUUGCAACACGACCAACACGAGUCUAUUCCCAGGUUAAACGAAUCACCAACACGUUUGCCCGUAAGGAUGCUGAGACUUUGGGAAAACUGCACAGAGAUCUAUUACCCAGAGUUACUGCCUACUGCACUUGUGCCUCUUAUAGGAUGAAGGACUUGCUCAGGUGGCUAAAGGAUAGAAAGCGGAUCCAUAAUACCAGUCCCAGGUUGUUUGAUGAAUGUUUGUAUACGCCAUUCACAUAUAAAGAUUGGAGAAAUGAUAGCAAUAACAAUAACAACGAGGAGGACGGUAACGGUCAUAAAUUGAUUAGAUUAGCCGACGAAGGAGGUGAAAUUGAUAUGGGUAAAAGAUCUGAUUUGUUUGUUUUUGAAUAUGGAGUUGUGAUUAUGUGGGGGUUUACCAGGAAGGAAGAAGCAGCAUUCUUGGAUGACUUGGCCAAGUUUGAGAGUGAAAAGUUGUCGGCAGAAGAUAUUCAAGUUGAAGAGUUCAACUAUUACAUCACCAAAUCUUAUCAACCAAGAAUUUACAACGACUUUAUCACGUUGAAAGAUGACGAAAACUAUAUGCUAAAGCUAUCCAUAUCUCAUGCUCUUGCCCAAUCAGUCAAGAUAUCUUUAUUUGAAGAAUUGGUCGAUAAUACAAUUGAGGACACCCAGGAUAUUCCUCAACAAAUAGCUCACACAGGUAAGGUUGAAAUGUCUAGAGACGAAAUCAUGAAGUCGAUUGGAGAAUUGUUCAUCUUGAGGAUUAAUAUUAAUUUACAUGGUUCAGUAUUGGACUCGCCUGAACUAAUGUGGGCCGAACCACAUUUAGAACCAAUAUAUCAAGCAACAAGAGGCUACCUUGAAAUCAACCAACGAGUAGAAUUAUUGAAUCAAAGAUUGGAGGUAAUCUCAGACUUGUUGCAGUUGUUGAAGGAACAAUUGGGCCACUCUCACGAAGAGAACUUGGAGUUUAUCGUUGUCGUGCUUGUUGGUGUCGAAGUUUUGGUGAGCAUUAUCAAUAUUAUUAUUGAUGUUUUAACGUAUAAAUAA